GAGACUAAAUGGGGCUGCUUCUCUCAGCAAGUUUUAUAAGUACCCUGUCGACCGUCGAUCAAAUGUCCACUUGAAUUCAAUUCCCCUCUUUCCCUUUCGGUUUCCCCUCCCAUUUGAAAGGCCUGAAACAUGCCUUUUCCGAGCAAAGUAUGGGGCUUUGACUUAUCGGAGGCGCGAUGGAGUGCUUUCAAAGGGAAAAACAUGUUUGAUAAAAGGUGGCCUUAUCUUCGUCGCGAACGCCUGUUUGCUUAUCAACUAGCCCAAACUAUUUGCAUGGGAGCUAGCUUAUCUGCAACUGUCUCCAUGUCACGAUACAAUCGUUUACAGACCCAUGUCCAGCAAUACGCUUUGACCCAAACAGGUUUGAGAGUCGAACUUCACAACAACGAUAUCAUUGCGGGGGAGAUCCUUACCCUCACAUUCUGCUCCUUCAUCUCCACCCUAUUUGGUCUUGAAUUCAUCAUGUUGGUCCUAUGGCCUAAAAGGACAUCGUAUGCCAGGUCGUACAACUAUACGCGGAUGAUUCUGGCGGUUGUUAUGGCCAUUGGUCUCCUCCUCGCUGCUAUCGUAACCACUAUCGUAGUCUUCACGCGCUCCGCCUUCAUCACGGGUGCGUCUGCGGAGCUUCAAGAGCAGUACAUAACUGUUUUCUCUCGUCCACCACUUAAAUACGAUACUUAUUCGGCAAACGUUGCUUGUGUUUGCUUUCUUUGGAUCUCAUGGGUGUGUACAGUUGCAGCCACGAUUCUUCUGAUCAUCGGUGUGCGUCGCGAGAUGAAAGGUAGUGCCACAAGGGAGGCGACACCUGUAUCUACUAUCAUGCAAGAGAACGAAAAACCAAGCAAUGAAUUCUCUGAAGGGUCUCGCUCAGGGUCUACACCGUAGUCUCCUGCUUCUUUUUAGACUUCUGGAAUGGCUCGACCUUUGCUAUAUUCAUAUCAUUACUCGGAUUCGGAGAUUCAAAACGUGGUUUCUUUGUAGAAGAGGACUUUGCUUUGCUUUCCUCUCGGACUUGUUUAAAUCUAUUCACUAGGGCUCUGGCUUAUCUACUAUAUAAAAGCUAUCGAUGAUUGGCUAUGGCUGCCUUGCCACAUACUUGCACUACAUGACCGCUUCAGGAACAUUUGAAGGCUUUUGUAUCCGCGGAUGAAGACUAUUGAGUGGCAUUCCGUGAGUGCCGGUUCGAUUUGGGACUGAUCACAAAGUUCGACGCAUGGACAGGGUCAAACGCUAGCUUACAUCCAAGAAAUUCUCUUGGAGGAUGGUCAGCAG